AUGCACGGAGGCGACAAAUUGGAAUUUCCCAGGAAGGAUAUGCAAGCGGACGAAGCGGGUCUCCCGCCCGCGCAUAUCCGUUCCUGCGAACCUCAUUCGCAGAUGAUUCCAGUUCUCAUUGGUCUUGGGGCUGUCAUCCUGACAGCUUUUCUCACCAAGUUAUACUUAAACAAAAAUAAAAAAGGCCCUCAGAAGACACUUCAGGAUCCUCUGGUGAAAUAUCCCCUCAGGCUUGUUGACAGAGAAGUUGUGAGCCAUGACACAAGACGCUUUAGAUUUGCUCUCCCGUCUCCAAAUCACAUAUUGGGACUUCCCUUGGGCCAGCAUAUCUACUUGACAGCUCGAAUUAAUGGAGAACUGGUGAUCAGACCAUAUACACCUGUAUCAAGUGAUGAAGACAGAGGAUACAUGGAUUUAGUCAUCAAAGUGUACUUCAAGAAUGUCCAUCCUAAGUUCCCUGAUGGAGGAAAGAUGAGUCAGCAUCUAGAAAAUAUGAAAAAGGGUGAAACCAUAGAUGUUAGAGGUCCUUCUGGUCUCCUCAUUUACAAUGGCAAAGGAGAAUUUGCUGUUCGGCCUGACAAGAAGAUGCCACCAAACCUACUUCAUGUGAAGAAAGUUAGCAUGAUAGCAGGAGGAACUGGCAUCACCCCAAUGUUGCAGCUUAUUAGAGCUGUGUUUAGAGAUCCAGAGGACAACACUCAACUUGCCCUCUUGUUUGCAAAUCAAACUGAAAAAGAUAUUCUUCUAAGGCCUGAAUUGGAGGAUAUUCAAGAAAGUCAUCCAGAACAGUUCAAACUAUGGUAUACUGUGGACAGAGCAGAAGAUGGUUGGACCUAUGGCACAGGGUUUGUUAGUGCCGAGAUGAUUCAGGAACACCUGUUCCCUCCAGCAGAUGAUACACUCAUUCUCAUGUGUGGCCCUCCUCCCAUGAUCAACUUUGCCUGCACACCCAAUCUGGACAACAAACAUCCAUAUGUCAUCCUGCAUGAAGCCUCCUAUCAAGACAUGAUGAUCCUUUUGAAAUUCAUGUACACUGGAGAAGCGAGUGUACCAGAAGAAAAAUUGGGGUCCCUUUUGAAGCUUGCUGAUUGUCUGAAAGUGAAAGGUCUCACUGGCAGUGAGGAUGAACCAGACAAGUUGAGUCGAUCCUGUAAAAUGACCUCUACGUCUCAGUCACACCCAAUCAUGUAUCCAGAAUCUGUCAACAAUUUUUCUCAGAAAAGGAGAAGAGUUGAUCAGGAAGUUGGCGCACUCAAUCAAGAAUCAUAUGUCACAAUGAAUGGCCGAGAUUCACCACAUCAUCAAUCGUCUUCAUACCUUCAAACAUCUAAUGAACCUGUGAUAGGAAAAGCUAGUGUUGAAUCUCCCCUUCCAACUCUGCCUGGUAACAGAAGUCCAGACAAUCAGUGUGAAGUUGGUGUAGGUCUGGAUUUAUCCUGUGCAAAGAGAUCAAGUUCCCUUGAGCCUGAAAUUUCAAGAACUGAGGGAUCCUGUUCCAAUCCAUCUGGAGCAAUAUCUCCUAAUGCAGAGGAGCAGGAGGAGGUGGACAUGGAUCCAGAAGGAGAUUCUCAUCAAUUGGAUCUCAGUCUUCCUAGCAGUAAUAAAACUGAGCAUUGUCAUGUUGGAGAUGAGGAGACAAUCCCUGAGAAUUCAUCACAGUCUUCAAAUAAUGUCGAGGAGUACGAAACAUAUCUUCGGCAGUAUAUGAUGAGAAUGCGACGACAUGAGCGCUACAGUGUCCUGGAGAAGGUUCAGGUUCUCCAGGAGCUCAAGAAUGGGAUGAGGAUCUCACAUGCAAGUCGUAAAUAUGGCAUUCCAUGGAGCACAGUGAAGGAGUGGGCUAAGCAGGCAUCAUUACAUGUAAUGAAGGAGUUGGUGGUCCUGGGUCAAUCCAUUGAUCAAGGAAGAUAUCAUUCACUGAUGAAGGAACUGAGCUUUGACUCAGGCAAAUAUUACCCGCCAGAUUUUGAUCCAUCAAAGAUCCCUAGAUUGAAGGGUCAGAGAAACCACAAGUUUUGUGUUCGACUAAUGGCUCCAUGCAACAUGAGAUGCACAACAUGUGGUGAAUAUAUAUACAAAGGGAAGAAAUUCAACUCAAGGAAGGAAGAUGUGGAUGAGGUGAAUUACCUUGGCAUUAGAGUGUACAGGUUCUACAUCAAGUGCACUCGAUUGGAGAUUGGUUUGAGAUUGGGGAUGAAUCCCGAUGUUCCUCUUCAGACUGACCCAGAGAACACAGACUAUGUGAUAGAAGCAGGAGCAACAAGGAACUUCCAAGCCCUGAAGCUGGCUGAGGAACAGGCAGAAAGAGAGGAGCAGGAAAGGCUUGAGGAGGAGAAGAGCAAUCCCAUGAAGUUGUUGGAAAAGCGGACAAAGCAGAGCAAGCAUGAGAUGGAAGUGAUAGAGGCCCUGGAGGAACUGAGAGAGCUAAACCAGAGGCAAGCUGUUGUUGACUACGACUCUAUGCUCGAAAAGAAAAUUCAUGAAGCUCAAGCUGAACGAAUUCAGCAAGAAGAAGAUGAUGAAAGACUUAUCAGGCAAGGCUAA